AUGCCCUCUAUUUCCUUUUCGCUUAGAUGUCUUGUAGUCUUUGGGUGUGUGCUUUUCCUCAAUGCCCUGCACGUAAAAAAUCAGCUCUAAUCCUCCACAGAAGUUGGCCAAGACUCGCCCCCCAGCCCAAUAGCUUACUACAAAGAUAUAAUCUCAUGGUUUGCGGUAUACGGGCUGUUUUAAUACUAUGGCAACUAUUGCUAACAAUACUAGAUUGUUUCGGGCCAAUCAUCAAUCAGCCGUCCAGGUUUCCUGUUCGCCUACUUUACUUGUGAUGUGUGCAAGCCUGUCAAAGAUAGUUAUCUCUAACACCCUAUCGGCCUUAUUUUUGCAGCUGCAGACCGCCCACAGAGAGCAGUCUAUCUUGAGGUUUAAAAUCCUUCUUUUAAAGCAUACAGAUGUUAUUGA